UCUAAAGACCCAAGCAGGAAUGAUAAAAGUGAUGGGAACUUUAAUAUGUAUAAGUGGAGCUUUGUUCUUGGCAUUUUACAAAGGCCCUCAUAUAUCAAACUCUCACUCUCACCAAGAGGCUCUUUCUCACAACAAAAGCGAUCACAACACCAAAAAUUGGCUUCUUGGAUGUCUCUACUUAACCAUAGGAACCGUGUUGAUAUCUCUAUGGAUUUUGUUUCAAGGGACUUUAAGCAUCAAGUACCCUUGCAAAUUCUCAAGCACUUGUCUCAUGUCAAUUUUCGCAGCUUUUCAGUGUGCUCUAUUGAGUCUCUACAAGAGUAGAGAUGUUAAAGAUUGGAUCAUCGAUGAUAGAUUUGUGAUCGGUGUCAUCGUAUAUGCUGGAGUGAUAGGACAAGCAAUGUCAACGGUAUCGGUGACAUGGGGAGUAAAACAAUUAGGAGCUGUUUUCGUAUCAGCAAUUAUGCCAAUUGCUCUCAUUUCGGCUACUCUAUUCGAUUUCCUAAUCUUACACACUCCUUUAUACCUCGGAAGUCUGAUUGGAUCAGUUGGGCCAAUAAUAGGUCUCUACGUGUUCUUGUGGGGUAAGAACAAAGAAAUGGGCAUAACUACAUUGUCUUCUCGGAUGAAUAACGAAGACCAAAAUUAAAUAUUAGUGUUGUAUUAUUGUGUUUCACAACAAUUAUAUUAAGACGAGCCUCAUAUUAUUGUUUAGUUUCAAAAACUCUGUUUCUUGGAUUGUUUUUUUUGUGUUGCUUCUAAAUGUGUUGUGGUUUUGAGUUUGUAUGUUGCUAAAACAGUCUGAAAGGAUA